CUUUAGUACCAAAGAAACGUGAGAUGUUCUAAUACCCACUUUUUUGACCCCUUUUCUUCUCAAAUGGAAUUAGCUGCAAGUUCUGGUGCAGCUGCGUUUUUGCUCGUAGUAAAUCCUCUUCCUCUCAGGUAAACCCAUCUGGUUAUAUUUGUGGUUUCUGAGAAUCGGGUAUCGGUAGAUAAAUUUCCUUUGGUUUUCAACAUACCCUUCUUGCGGAAAUAAAGCUAUGGCAUUGGCAACAUGUACAUCGCCAUUGUCAAUGCCAAUAGAAACUCAAGAUUCAAUUAGGGCACCCACUGUUUUUGGAUGGAGAGUUUCAACGUUGAAGAUGACGCGUUGGAAACCUAACAACAUUUCUUCCUAUUCUCCCAAGAUAACAUGUUCAUCAAUCAACAAAUUCAAUAACAAAGAUUCCUUUCAUAAUCUACACCCCGAAGUUUUUCUACUCAGAGGCGAUGGAAACAACACAGUGAUCACUCCAGGACAAGAGAGUUUGAGAGAUUCAACAAUUUCUACUAACUACAAUGAGGCCAAGAUUAAAGUGAUUGGUGUUGGAGGAGGUGGGUCAAACGCGGUCAACCGUAUGAUUGAGAAUGCAAUGAAGGGUGUUGAGUUUUAUAUUGUGAACACAGAUGUUCAAGCUAUGAAAAUGUCCCCUGUUUUCCCAAAUCACCGGUUGCAAAUUGGUCAAGAGUUGACCAGAGGACUUGGUGCAGGUGGUAACCCUGAUGUUGGUAUGAACGCUGCUAAAGAAAGUAGACAGUCCAUUGAAGAAGCUCUUAAUGGUUCAGAUAUGGUGUUUGUCACUGCGGGGAUGGGUGGAGGUACAGGUACAGGUGCAGCCCCAAUCAUUGCAGGUGUUGCAAAGUCAAUGGGUAUAUUGACCGUUGGUAUUGUGACAACUCCUUUUUCUUUUGAGGGAAGGCGAAGAGCAGUUCAAGCACAAGAAGGAAUUGCAUUAUUAAGAGAAAACGUCGAUACCUUGAUUGUCAUUCCAAAUGACAAACUAUUGACUGCAAUUUCCCCUUCUACCCCUGUCACCGAAGCUUUUAAUCUAGCCGAUGACAUUCUCCGCCAGGGCGUUCGUGGAAUUUCCGAUAUAAUUACGAUACCGGGCUUGGUUAAUGUGGAUUUUGCUGAUGUUCGAGCUAUUAUGGCAAAUGCAGGCUCGUCGUUAAUGGGGAUCGGAAUUGGAACUGGGAAGACAAGGGCAAGAGAUGCCGCAUUAAAUGCGAUUCAAUCACCUUUGCUAGACAUCGGUAUCGAGAGGGCGACUGGAAUUGUUUGGAAUAUAACCGGUGGUACCGAUUUAACAUUACUCGAGGUAAAUACUGCAGCUGAGGUGAUAUACGAUCUUGUGGACCCCACUGCAAACUUGAUCUUUGGAGCUGUCAUUGAUCCGUUGAUAAGUGGUCAAGUGAGUAUAACUCUAAUAGCAACCGGAUUCAAGCGACAAGAAGAAAGUGAUGAACCGCCUAUCCAAGCGGCACAGGCGGAUUUGGGUGGAUUCAACCGGCGGCCACCACAGGAAGGAAGCUUGUUUGAAAUUCCUGAGUUCUUAAAGAAGAAAGGGCGCUCAAGAUACCCACGAGCUUAGUAAUGUAUUGCCACUAUAUUAUAUUUUAUUUGUUCUCUUAAUUUUUCACAAAAGUUUUGGGAUUAAAUUUGUACAGGUUGCUUGUUUAUCUUGAAUAUUGAUUUUUUUCUCCAAGCAAUUUAGUAUUUCUAUAUUUAAGCAAC